AUGCCCUGCGAUGAGAGACAAUGUCCUAAAACUCAGGGUGGGGUUGUCAGGGUAGACUGCAUUAUGGGUUCUGACAAAAGUUCAUGCUCUAGAACACGAAGUGGGCUUGUAAGGAAAAAAGGCAUUUUUGCUCUCAGUAGAGCUUCAUGUUCAAGAACUCGAAGUGGGCUUCUAAGAGUAAAGAGCUUUGUGGAUUCCAGUGAUGUUUCGAGUUCUAGAACUCAAAGUGGGUUUCUAAGGAUAAAGAGAUUUGUGGAUUCCCGUGAUGGUUCAUGUUCGAGGUCACAAAGUGACCAUGUAAGAGGUAGACCUCCUAUUGUUGAGGCUAUAAUAAAUGAUGAAGCAGUCUUGAAGGAGUCUCCUGAUGGAUUGAUGAAAGAAGGGAUGCCUGCUAGAACUCAAAAUGGGCUUGUUAGACAGAGCUCUGCUGACAAGGCUGUAACCAAGGACGAAUCAGGCACGAGGGCGCUUGCCAAUGGAUGUUUGAGUGAAGAUAUGCCUUCUAGAACGCGAAGUGGACUUGUCAGAAGAAGCCCUACUGUUAAGACUCUAAACAAGGAUCAAUCAGUCAUUAAGGGGCUGGCUGAGGGGUCGCUGAAGGAAGACACGCCUCUUGGAACUCGAAGUGGCCUUGUCAGAGGAAGCCUUGCUGCCAAGGUUCCAAUCAAGGCUGAACUAGUCACAAAGGGGCAGCCUGAUGGAUGGAUGAAAAAUGACAAGGUUGCUGGAACACGGAGUGGCCUUGGCGGUGGAAGAUUGGCUUCCAAGACUGUAAGCGAGGACGAAAGAGUCGUUGAGGGUUUGCCUGAUGGAUGGCGAAAAGAAUACAGGCCAAGGAAGAGCAGUUCAUUUCAGGAUCCGUACUACAUUGAUCCAGUCAGUGGAUAUGAAUUUCGCUCUUUGAAGGAUGUGCACCGCUAUCUUGAAACUGGAGAUAUUAGACAAUGCGCCAUGAGACCAAAGAAGAGCACCACCUUCGAAGUUCAUAUAACAGAAAGUCAAACUCCUACAAGUGCAUCAUCGCAACACACGAGGCCUGGUACUGCGGAUAAGGGUAUUCAGUGUGAAAUAUUAACUUCGGAUGGUAUCAUGGUGCCAUGGGAGGAACUAAUUACUCCAUAUAAUGGAAAUGAUACUGAACAUACCGUGUUACCAGAGCCUGAGAGCUUGAAAGCAAGUCAAGGGUAUGGCAACAAGCUUGACACUUCGGAACACAUGAGUGUUCAAACGGUUUCUGCGCAUAAUGGUUCAAGGCAAACCAAAUCUGUUAAAAGGAAAGAACCAAAUGCAGAGGUGAAAUCCAAGAAGCGCAAAACCAGUUCUGCUGUGACUCCUGUUCGAGCGUCACCCCGCUUAGCUGCAUUGAAUGUGCAGCUUGAAGUAAGCAUCGAACAUGAAGAUGAAAUAGUUAGCAUAAAUCAUGUGGACCGGGUACAGACUAUAGAAGAGAGCGCCAUCGAUCAGACACAGAAAAGCCAAUCAGGCUCCGUUGAUCAGAUACAUGGUAAUCUGGAAAGCACUUUCAGUCAGUUACAAUUGAGCCAAGCAGACACUGCUAAUGGAAUGCAGGCUAUACAGGAAAACACUACCAUUCAUUCACAAUCAAGCCAAUUGGAUACUCUGAAUCCUACACAGAAAAAGCAGGUAAACAGUGCCAAUCAGUUACAAUCGGUGCUCACAGGUUCUUUGAUUCCAAAACAAAUCACACAGGAAUGCACUAUAGAUCAGCCAAGCCAGCCAGACAUAGAUCAUGUACACACAGAUCAGGAAUUCACUGGGAAUCAAUUCCAGUCGAGCCUACCAGCUGACACUGUUAUCUCUUUAGGGGAUAUUGAAGAAUGCACAGCGUGUCACUCACAGCCAAGCAAUACUGACACUACAGGCCAAAUUAAGGCCAAUGAGGAAAACACUGCCGAUCAAGUACAGUUGAGCCUAGCAGACACAGUCAUUCCGGUACCGGCUAUUCAGGAAUAUGCUACUGGUUAUUCACAGCUGAGCAAAGCUGACACUACAAAUCAAACACAGGCCAAUCAGGAAUACAUUGCUGAUCAAGUACAAUCGAGCCUAACAGACACAGUCAUUCCAGUACAAAGUAUUGAGGAAUACACAACUGAUUAUUCACAUAUUAGUAAAGCUGACAUUACAAAUCAAAUACAGGCCAAUCAGGAAAACACUGAUGAUCACUUAUAUUUAAGUCAAGUAGACUGUGCCACUCAAAUGCAGAUAAUUGAGGAAAAUUUGUCCAAGCAACCUCAGCUGAGCCAAUCAGAAACUGGGGAUCGAAUACAAAUUGAUCUGGAAAGCACUACCAAUCACUUGCAACCAAACUAUGAUGAAAAUUCUAUGCUGCAAUCUGGUUUCUCUUGGCCUCCUGAACAGAAUGGCGGAGCCCCUAUUACAGAUUUCUGGAAAAAUGUUGAAAGUCAGGCCUCAUUGGUUUCCAUGCCAUUAAAUGGAGUACCUGUUGCAAGCUUUCCAGCAAACGUUAGAUUCCACAAUGCAGCAGCAGCAGAACCUGCUUUGCCGCCACAGGUUGCUCCAACUGAAACAGGUUCUGAUCAGUCCGGAUUGGCCUUUCAAUCCCUUUUCGGAAACAUCUGGUCAGAUCCUUGCAUCGAGUUUGCUUUUAAGACCCUUACAGGUGACAUUCCUGUUCUGGAUGACACAACGGCUGUCGCAGACUACUUCCCAGAGCAACAAGACUUGAACAAAGGCCAAGCACCAAAUUGUGCAGGUUCUGUAUUUGAUAAUAAUUCCAGAAACCACACACAAGUCGAUGUCAACCUUCCACCACCUACUCCGGAUAAUUUCUACAAUGGCAGUUGGUUCCCUCCCCAAUGA